UGCACAGUGGCGUUGAUCGAACGACUCUGUGCUCUGGGAAAACCCUGCGUGGUGAUUCAAGUGGGCGAUUUGCUUGACGACACUCCUCUUCUCCAGAGCUCGAAUUUUUCUGCAAUCCUAUGGGCGGCAUACCCUGGCCAGGAUGGUGGACCUGCGAUCUUUGAUGUCUUGACUGGCCUCGUCCCGCCAGCUGGCCGACUCCCGGUCACUAAGUACCCUGCCCGUUAUGUGGACCAAAUUCCUAUGACCUAUAUGACUUUGCGGCCUCGCGGGAACCAACCGGGGAGGACGUACUGGUUCGACCAGAACGCAGUGUUGCCCUUCGGAUAUGGCUUGCACUAUAGCAACUUCUCGACGGCAUUCUCGCGAAAAAAACAUCGCACAAUAACUCGCUCUCACAGUCGCCAACCCUCGAUAUAUACCGGAUCACGGACUUGCUAGCCGACUGCAACACUUUUUAUCUCGAUCUGUGCCCGUUGCCACCGAUCACAGUGGAGGUGACGAACACAGACCGGAGAACGUCGGAUUUCGUCAAUUCUUGGCUUUGUGGCCACAACCGUAGUGAACCUCAUUAGACAAGCGGUGUACAGUGACAAUUUGCGGCCAUUCGUAUCUCUGGAAAAAGCCUGUGGUGUCCACAGCAGCAGUAUCGC